UGUACGACUCAUUCUCUAUUCUAUUCUCUCUCUUUUCGGACAUCUCAAAGAUCCACAAAAACCAUUCGAUCAUCUUCUCUUUCCGCAUAAUUCCAAACCCCUGCCGGCUUCCGGACGAUGGAAUCAUCACAAUUCGUUUUCCAGAUUCAUCAAUUCGCAUAUCCUCCAUUAUACAUUCUUCUUUUUUCCCUUUUUUCAUCACUAUGCUGCCUAGCUUUCACCGAAACUUUGAUUCGCAUCACACGGUGCAGGAUUUCGCAUUUUACGAUCCAUGGGGUGUGUUCAGUCAAGCUCCUUUCAGUACUCCCCCAAUGGAGGCGUCCGCAAGUUGAAUGCCGAACGUGAUCACGUCGCCGGAGGUAAUCAGAAUCGGUCUGCCAAGGUUGGGAGAACCUCGGUUGCUGUGGCUGAUGGCGGCAUCAGGAAAGUAGUUUAUAUCGAAACCAAGAAGGAGAAGAGUGGUGAUGUUGGGAAUGUCUCGAGGAGGAUUAGUGUAUCUGAUAAUGCUGGAGAAGAGGAGCUUGUGGAUGGUUGGCCGAAAUGGCUGGUUCAAAAUAUUCCCAAAGAUGCUUUGGCUGGUUUGGUUCCGAAGGGGGCAGAUUCUUAUGACAAAUUGGCUAAGGUAGGCCGAGGGACAUACAGCAAUGUAUAUAAAGCUCGAGACAGGGACACAGGAAAGAUUGUUGCUAUGAAAAAGGUUCGAUUUGACACGUCGGAUUCCGAUAGUAUCAAGUUUAUGGCAAGAGAAAUCAUGGCGUUGCAGAAACUCGAUCAUCCCAAUAUCAUCAAGCUUGAAGGAAUAGUCACAUCAAGGAUGCCGUACAGCCUUUAUCUAGUGUUUGAUUUCAUGGAGUCUGACUUGACUGGAAUAAUAUCUCGUUUCAGCAGGAAGCUCAGGGAAGAUCAGGUCAAGGCCUAUAUGGAGCAACUUCUAUCUGGUCUUCAGCAUUGCCAUGAUAGGGGAAUUUUACACCGAGAUAUUAAACCUUCCAACUUGCUGAUUGAUAAAAGUGGGAUGCUAAAAAUUGCAGAUUUUGGUCUAGCCAAUUUUUUCAUUCCUAAGCGAAGACGUCCCCUUACAAACCGAGUUGUUACACUCUGGUAUAGAGCUCCCGAGUUGCUAUUGGGUUCUACAGAUUAUGGUGUUGGUAUUGAUCUAUGGAGUGCAGGUUGUCUUCUAGCUGAGUUGUUUCUUGGAAAGCCAAUUUUGCCUGGAAGGACAGAGGUCGAACAACUUCAUAAAAUCUGGAAGCUUUGUGGUUCACCCCCCAAGGAUUAUUGGGACAAAAUGAAACUACCUGCAAGCUUCUGUCCACCGCAAAAUUAUCAACCUGGUUUCUCAGAGGCUUUCUCAGAUUUUUCUACUCCUUCAUUUCGUCUCUUAACUACACUUCUCUCACUAGACCCAGCACGCCGUGGCACUGCAUCGUCUGCUCUUCAAAGUGAGUUCUUUAGUGUAUAUCCACUGCCAUGCGCGCUCUCAGAGUUACCGGUGAUUCACCACAAGCACAAGGAGGAUGAGCCAGCUAAAAUCAGAAAUAGGAAGAAGCAAAGGAACUCAAGAAAAUUGCACUCAUCUCUUUCUCAAUCACAUGUUGCAUCUCAGCAAGUAGCUAAUACAACACAAGCAAGAGAUUCCGAAUCUUUGAAAGAGGAGAAUAGUGUACAUCCAAGCACUUAUAGCCGAUGGACGGGGAGCAGCUCUAGCAGCAUUUCCUCAAGUAUUAGAUCUUUUAAGAAUGUAAAGAACAUGCAAAUGUCCCUUUCUCCAAUUCUUCAAUCACAUGGUAAAAGAUCCCCCAAAACGGAAGGUCAUCCUAAUGCUGUUAAGAACAUAAAAAACCCGAACCUAUUGCAGGCUUCUACACUCUUGCAGGCCUCCAUCACAGACAUUAUCAACCCCAAAGAAGGCAGUGCAUUGACUUACUAUCAAAGGUCUCUUUCUACACUGGAUCUUCGCAGCCUUUAUCUCGAUAAGCAUUCCAUGCACCAUUAAACAGAUAGAGAAUAGUAGUCUAUUGAAAAUGGUCUUUCAACCAGUCAAAUUUGUUAUUUCAUGUCCAUCUGCAUUUGCAUACAAUGGACUAUUUUAUUUGUUACUUAUUACACAAAUUCAUAAUAAUCAGUUUUUGACUUUAGGGUGUAUAUUGAUCUGCUCUGGCCCCCUUCAGACACUGUUUGAUUAAAAUGGAGCCUUCAAUUAUUUGUUCAAAAUUUCUACCAUCCUGUUGUAAAAUGAAAAAAAAAAAAAAAACGCUAGUUUUGAUUCA